AAAUUUCUCCAAAAUACAUAAAUGCCUAUAGUGACCUCCAUCUACUUCUAAUCUGAAAUGUUUUAUCUCUGAGAUAUCUCUAGCAUCUUCAACAUUCAUCUCUAAAUUCAUCUCUAAACUCUUCCCUAUGCUUACAGCUAAUUAUUCCCAUCCUUCCAUUAUGCGGUUAUUUCUCUUCUUCCUUUGCAUCUUCAGAUGGUUUCUUUUUUCCUCAGCCGCAUUCAAAGUUACUCAUCUCCCAGGCUUAUUGCAGCAGGGUGCUUUACCUUUCCAUUUAGAAACUGGCUAUAUAGAAGUGGAUGAAGUUUAUGGUGUGGAGUUAUUCUACUAUUUCAUAGAGUCUGAAAGAAACCCGAGUGAGGAUCCACUCCUCGUAUGGCUUAGUGGGGGACCUGGCUGCUCUGCUUUUAAUGGCCUUUCUCUCGAGAUCGGCCCAUUAAAAUUCAUAUCAGAAAGGUACAACGGGAGCUUGCCAAAUUUAGUUUAUCACCCUUACUCCUGGACCAAGAUUUCAAACAUAAUAUUUCUGGACUCCCCAGUCGGAGCUGGAUUCUCUUUUUCCAAUCAUCCACAAGGUUAUGAAUCUGGCGACAAAUCUUCGUCAAAACUUGCAAUGAUAUUUCUCAGAAAGUGGCUUAUAGACCACCAGCAAUUCCUUUCAAAUCCUCUGUAUAUUGCUGGCGAUUCCUAUGCAGGAAAAGUUGUGCCACUAGUGGUUCAUAAUAUUUUAAACGCAGAAAAUGACAUGGAGCAGCAGCCAAAGUUUAAUAUUCAGGGCUAUAUGAUUGGUAACCCAAUGACAGGUGAGUUGAUUGAUUUUAAUGCUAGGGUGCCAUUUGCCUUCGGAAUGGGGAUUAUUUCAGACGAACUAUAUCAGAGAAUUGAUGAGAAUUGCAAAGGGGAAGAUUACAAGAAUCCAAAGAGUUCUCCAUGUGCCUCUCUUCUUCAAAUCUUUGACAACUUCAAGUCUGAGCUUUGGGACGAACAAAUUUUGGAGCCCAAAUGCAGUUUGGAUGCACCCAAUCCUAAAUACACUGUUGGUACCAGAAGGUCUAUGAACGUACAGGAGAGCAACACAGUUCUUUUCGGGCCUCCAAUCCCUGAACUCAAGUGCAGAACAUAUGAUUAUUAUCUCAUGUAUAUAUGGGCAAACAGCAACAUUGUUCAAGAGGCUCUCAAUGUCAAAAAGUUUGUUUCGCUGCACAGCGGUGAUCAUGACAUGAUUUUCCCUUUUGUUGGCACAAAGGAGUGGGUAAAAUCCCUUAAAUUCUCCAUCACUGAUCGGUGGAGAUCAUGGCAUGUGGGUGGUCAAGUUGCUGGAUACACUGAAUCCUACUCCAAUAAUCUGACCUUUGCGACUGUUAAGGGUGCUGGUCACAUGGCUCCAGUAUUUAAGGCUAAGGAAUGUUUAGCCAUGUUUCGAAGGUGGAUUUCUCACAAGUUAUUGUGAUUGAUGCUACACAUAAUUUGCAUAGGGUCAGCUAUGAAUUUAUAAUUGUCAUUGAAGUAAAAUAUAUUAUUUGACUAUGUAUCAUUAAAUAACAUAUUAUGUUGUAGCUCAAUAUGGCAUUCAUGUGCUUUUUUCAAAUCAAUAGCAUAUUGGGGAGAGCCCAUUCCUGUAAAAUAUUUGUUGUAGGCCUUGGAGACUUCCAGGAUAGUUUGUUGAUAAUUUUAUAUUACAAGGAUAUUGUUAUUAUUGAUGUCGACUUGGUAGUGUAUCAAUGGCAGAUCAUCAUGGUU